AUGAAAAGUCUGUUACUGGGACUUCACGAGGACUUGCAUGCCUUGCGAGAGAAGUUAGAGCACCAGUGUACGGUCCUCUCCAGACAGUUUACAGCAGUUGAGCGGCUCACAAAUCCCUGCAUAACGCUUUCUAACGGCUCGCUAAAGUUUCUUCCACCACCCCACGGAGACCAGCUCAAGGCUGCCGAAGACACAGUCAUUGCAUACUUAGAUCACAGGAGUGCAGAACAGAAGGAUGCGACUGUUGAGAGCCAAUCGCUUAUCCCCGUAGACCCUAAGCUUCCUUCACUCGUCGACCUUAUUCUGCAAACAUGUAGCCAGUACUUGGACCAGAAGCCGGUCCAUACCUUUGAUUGGAGAGACAGCGCGUUGGCCCAGAUAAUGGAGGCAACCCUGGGCCCCAUCAUAGACUCCGGUAGUAGUGAGCCUGCCUGGCUUCAGGUAUCAGACAGUGAGCUGGCGUCAUUGGGAGCCAGCAUAGCGUCACUACAGGCCUUUGAGCAUCCUCUGAUGCAGAGUGGAACCGGGAAUGAAGGCUUUCUGGCAGGCUUUUUGCGUGACAUGGCCCUGAAGCAAGGCGGCUUCAAAUCGUUCCGCUCCCGUCUUGUGCUAAAUAAGGAUGAGUGGCGAGAUCUAACAAAGUGCCUAAGUGCCGAGGUCGCAGAAACAGUACUAAGUUUAUACAAAGUAAUAGAGAAGGCCCUCAAAGCUGCUUUGGCGCUGGAUUUACCACUGCAAGAAAAGAUGCGGCUGGUGCGGCUGGCUACUGACGCCAUCUCUCUCUCGCUUCAUCUAACGCGCGAUAAGACCUAA